AUGGCGAAAACUGCUGAAAAAAAUGAUAGUGAAGGUCAGAGUCAAGUCGAAAUUUAUUUAACGGAUAGUGGGUCAAAUGAUUACGACAACGAUUUAAAAGUUGACGAAGAUGGGUUUGUAACAUUUAAAGAGAAUUCUCCGACAAAGGCAAGAAACUGGAGUUUCAAAACUAAAAUCUUGUACACAAUACUCUACAGUUUUGUUACUUUUGCAGCCCAGUUCAAUUCGACUACGACGUCAUCUGGCGAUUUUUUCAAAGAAAUGGAAAGUAAUUAUCACCUCGGUAGAGAAGCUUCGGUGCUUACGAUAUCUCUUUACAUCUUUGGUAUUGCAUUUGGACCCAUGGUUUUUGCACCACUUUCAGAAGUUUAUGGGAGAAAAGCAGGUGUGUUGAUUCCGUUUUUCAUUUCUUGCAUGCUCACUUUUGUGACGUCAAUCUGUUAUAAUGUUCCGUCUAUCAUGAUUUGCAGGUUUUUUGCAGGGUUUUUUGCUGGUGCCCCCAUUGUGUCUGCGGGGGGAGUCAUGGCGGACCUAUGGGAUCCUUCAUUUCGUGGAGUGGCCUUUGCAUUAUACGCCUGUUUUGUAUCCAAUGGUGCUUCCUUUGGCCCGGUGAUCUGUUCCUUGUUGAUAAAUAGUAAUUCCAGCAGGGAGUCUUGGAGAAUCGCUCAGUGGUUUAUUGGACUCUGUGAUCUGGUGUUGUUUUUGCUCAUGUAUAUCUUCACGAAUGAGACUUAUGAUCCAGUCAUUCUACAGCGCAUUGUGAGGGUUGAAAGAAUAAAGACAGGAAAUUGGAUCUUACAUACCAAACUCGAUACUUUGCACUUGGAUUGGCGGAAACUUUUAACUUCACAAGUGAUACGUCCUUUUGUGAUGCUUACGAUACCCAUCGUGUUCAUUAUGGCUCUGUUUGCAAGCUAUGUUUAUGGACUUUUCUACUUGAUGGUUACCAACAUAUCCACAGCUUUUGAGCUCACAAAACAGUGGGAAGGCACUAAGACUGAAGUACCAAAUGUCUCUCUAUUUUUGGGGGUAUUUUUAGGGUGUAUUGGGAACAUGCUAUGGGCAUUGAGAUAUUCUAAAGUUGUUGGCAAAAAUGAUGGUAAGGCAAUACCGGAACAACGUUUACCUAUUAUGAUGAUGCUUGGCUGGAUGAUGCCGGCAGGAAUUUUCAUCUUUGGUUGGACGUUAUAUAACGACAUACACUGGGUGGUACCCUGUUUGGGAAUACUUAUGAUGGGUGCAGGUUUCAUUACUAUCUUUCAGGGGUGUUUGAAUUAUUUGGUUGAUUUUUAUCCUACAUAUGCUGCUUCUGCGAUUGCUGCCAAUACAUUUCUAAGAUCCACUUUUGCAGCCGUGUUCCCACUGUUUGCUAGACAAUUGUUUGUAAACUUGGGAGUUCAUUGGGGUUCAUCAUUGAUCGGAUUCAUUGCACUAGGGAUGAUUCCCAUUCCAUAUGUUUUUUAUGUGUUUGGGGAGAGAAUAAGAUUAAGAAAAUUAGACGUACUGGCAGGGUGA